CCCCCCCCCCCCCCCCCCCCCCCCCCCAGGUGACAGAGCCCGACUGGACUCCAGGUGUCCUCCGUGAGCCCCAAUAUAAGAGCAGAGGGGCCCAUUGACUUCACCUCAGAGAGCGCCCGGGUCCUCCACAGCUGCUGCUGCCUCUUCACGUCCAACAUGGAGUUCACCCAGUCUUUAAGGGUUUCCUGGAUCUGUGUGCUGGUGUUGGGCCAUUGUGCUUGUCUACCCUUACAAGAAUACCAAUAUCCCUACAAUUUCACCUGGAGCUCUGAUGGGGAAUCUACUCUGGAUCCAAGUCACCAGUCUGAUGACGCAUCUCUUUUACAACAAGCUGGGGAUCCUGACUCCUUAACCUGGGCUUACCCUCCUGUACCCUCAAACCCUGGUGGCCAGGUCAAUCAUCCUCCCAAAAUGCCUCCUGCAAAAGGGGGGGGUCAACAAAGCGGCAACCCAGGUGGCCCUGGCUGGCCUGGAAAUCCUCAUCCUGGUGGUGGUCCUCGACCUGACAAACCUGGAAACCCCAACAACGAUCGCAGAGUCUAUUAUCCUACAACAAAUCUUCCUCUAAAAGGUGAUG